UUUGAUAUAUUUCUUUUACAGCUAGAAACAUUUUCGUAAUGUUUCAUCGAACAGCAAGCAAUGUCGUCCUUUUCUUGGUUCUCUUAAUUAGCAUAUGGACAAGAUCGUCUCUUUGUGUAAAGGAAUCAAGUACUCAGGAGAAAGAAUCGAGCAUCCAUGAAAAAGUCAAAGAAGUCAAACAAUGUCCUUAUACAAAGAAUGGAUGGAUCAAGGCAGCAGAAAAGAAAAACUGUACAGGUUAUUCAGAUCAAGGGAACAAACCAUAUGUAUACCACUGUGUCAUCAACGAAUGGGCCAACGCGACAGUUGAAGUUUGUGCCGUAAAAAUACUCGUAAUCUUAAGAAAAUGCACCGAAUACAAUGUUGGAGCUAAAAGACUUCAAGGCAGUGGGAUGAGAUCAUGUGACAAAAACAAUCCCCCGUGUCCACGCGUGUACAACUCUACAGACGCCUACAAGUAUAAGAGUUGUUAUAAUUUGUCGAUCGAUUCGGAAAAUAAACAAAAUUGGUCAAGUGAAUCAAAAUCGACACGACAACUGUUUAUUUCACAAAACAAUCCAGUUGAAGAUGGUGGCGAAAUUUGGAAAAUGAUUAUUCCUCUUUCAAUAGGAGUUGUAGUAUUUAUUGUGCUGGUGAUUUCCCUUUUGGCCGUUGUUGUAUACCGCCGAAGAAUCAAACAAACAUGUAAAGAUUCACAAACAGGUGAUACCGACGAACGAUCAACAUUUGUAAACCAUGUGCACAAUUCAAAUUUGAAAUGAGGACGAAAAAUGAACAUGGUGUGGGCUAGAUAUACAAACUUGGUGAAAGUAGAACGGCUCCUUGUCAAUCAAAACAGAAAAUAAUAUACAUGUAUUUAUUACAUGUAUCAUUACGUGUUGAAUAUCAAUGUUUAUCAUAUUCAUUAUGUUUGUAUUAUACUUUUCAUUACUGAUACAAGACACCACAAGUAUAUGAUACUUUCAUUGUCUUUUUUUUAUGUGUUUUACUUUUGAAGUUAGUCCUAUAUGUUUAUCUAUUGGUACAUUGAAUAGAACUUUUUGCCAAUUCAUUUGAUUGAUUUGCGAUAUUUUUUUUAAAGAUAAGGUGCUUGUUAUAAAUGCAUUAUCAAUAAUAAAAAAAUGCACCAAUGCAAAGAUAUUGGAGCAGCUUUGUCUUCUUACCAAAUUGCUUCCUUUAUCUAAAUUUAAAUACAGGUGGGAUUUUUAUGGGGGAAAGCACUCAUAAAAUAAACCACCGAGUACCUGUUAACAUAUUGUUUUGUUAUGUCAAUCAAUGUCAUUGUAUCUGUUCUCAUACAUGUUGUUCAUUUAGGUAUAUCUUUGAAACAAUUACAAAAGAAAUCAUUGAGACAUUUGAAUUCCUCCAUUAAAUGGUUGUGAUAUGCUAA